AACCAGCAAUCGCAUUCCUGGAUAGUACAAGAGACGGAAAUUUCUCAGUGGGAAGUACCGAAUUUUCUCUCAAAUCGACUUUUCCCAUGAAUAAAGCAUUUAAAACAGGGACAAGUCUCUACAGUCACCUUAUGCUAAUCAGGCAAAAUUUUUACCCAAUUUGGUCUAUGCUCUCGUAAGCGAUCACCUCCCCUAAGCGACCACUCAGACGUGACAUUUUGGGUGGUCGCUUACGAGAGGUUCAACUGUGUACAUGUAUGCAAGGUUGUUCAAGGUGAAACCCCUACCGUGGGUAGUGAAGAUAGUAGAACAGAUUGAGAACUAUCUUGUAAGGUGUUUCCCUUUUCAACGGAGUUAGUGAAAAAAAAAAAAACUUGCCCAGCAAGAGUACACAAAACAGUAGCUUUGCAAUUUGUACCGAGUAGGUGGCUAUUAACCCUUUGAAGAAAGGUUUUGACCGCACAAAAGUAUCCUAACCUUGCCCCCUUUCCACCCAUAUCACUCAACCCUCCCUCCUUACAUUUUAAAUUGACGCGAACAAUCAGUGUCACCAGUGAUUCUACUGAUUUCAUCCAUUCAUACUUGCUUCGCGCAAUUCACAACACGAGACUGACUUAUGGCUACGAAUUCUAGUGAGAACACCACUGAUGAACAACUGGUUGCUUUAAAUGAAACACCACAACCCCUCGAUCCUUACUGUUUUGUGGACCCUGACUAAGAAUUUGAGUUUCAGAGCUCUAGCUCUUCUCUGGAAGAUUUUCAAGGCUUCACUCGUCUAGACUGCCGACAUGCAAGGCGUCAACUUCUUUUCCGAAGGCCUUCUGUAGAAGUAAGCGCGAGUUCGAGUGAUGAUGAAGAGGGUGAUUUUUCAGGGUACACCAGGGAGGAAAUAUUUUUCCCAGAGGGUAGCAACAGUCGUGAGUUUUGUGAAAACCGUGGUGUAAGCACAUCAAGUUCCAACCACAGCGAUGAUUCGGCGUCCGACCCUGGGCUGAAGGGAAGCCGGAAAAGGAAAAAAAAUCCCAAGAGAUGGCAGAGGAAUGUGAGGAAGAGGGCCAGAGCUGAGGGUACCCGCUAUAAAAUGACAUCUGGGAGGAUCAAAUCGCCGCGAAAGCAAGGACCACCAUGCAGUUGCCCCAAAAAAUGCUUUGAACAAGUUAGCAAAGAAGAACGAGAACACCUGAUUAUGCAAUUUAAUCACAUGGGAACUCACGAACUACAGAACCAGUAUUUGAGGGGUCUUAUUGUUGCUUCAAACGUAAAACGGCGUGGAGCUGGAGGGAAACUGGGGUCGGCAAAAGACAAGCCAGGAAAAAGAUCGACCUCUUUUGAGUAUUUUGUUGUCACCAGCAUUAACCGAAGGGUCAAGGUCUGCCGACAGGCCUUUCUCAGUAUUCACGGUAUUGGAUACACCAGGGUCAAGAAUCUUCGCCAGAGCGCAGUCUGCAAACCAGACAUGCGUGGGAAGCAUGGCAACAGGCCUAAGAAAGUGACGAAUAUCCAUCUUCAAAAUGUGAGAAAUCACAUUAAGUCCUUCCCGAGGGUAGCCUCCCAUUAUUCUCGCAAUAGCAACAACAAGAAACGUUACCUGAAGGAAGGACUUAGCGUCCACAGAAUGUACCAACUGUACCUCGAGAAAUUUGAGCCCGCUAUAGUAGUGCACGAACGCGAAGUUCAUCGAGCUCGUCAGGAACAACGAAGACCCCCUCAACCGUUAAGGCCUAAAGUUUCCUAUCGGAAGUAUCUCGAAUUAUUUAAUACCGAGUUUAACUUAGGUUUUGGAAGGCCCAGAUCCGACACAUGUGCGCAGUGUGAAAAGUUGAAUUUAAUUCUCACAAACACAGAAGAUGAAGCAGAGAGGCAAAAAGCACAAGAAGAUCUGAAGGCCCAUCAAACAAAGGCAGACAAUGGCUACAAGUCCAAAUCGGCCGAUCGAGAGCGGUCCAGGCAGAGCUGGGAGGGAAAACGUCGGGUAGUAUCAGAUGAUAUUACUUUCAAUUCAAAAGAUGCCAUCGACAUGAUUACUUUCGAUUUACAACAAAAUUUGCCCACACCCAAUCUCAAUCAUAACGAUAUAUUCUAUCUGAGACAAUUAUGGACCUACAAUUUCGGAAUUCAUGACUGUGUCACAGAACAAGGCUACAUGUUCAUGUGGCAUGAGGCACUGGCUAAACGUGGAGCAUCUGAAAUCUCCUCCUGCCUUAACACCUUCUUCAACCGUUUUCGCACAGGCGCGCGUUCCCUCGUGAGUUAUUCAGAUAGCUGCGGAGGCCAAAAUAAGAACCUCACAAUUCUUGGAAUGUUAAGCGAUCUUCAUCUGGCCAAUGUUUAUCAAUCAAUUGACCACAUCUACUUGGAGAGAGGCCACACCUACCUCGAGAAUGACCGUGACUUUGGCAUUAUUGAAAAAAGGAAGCAGAGUGCUGAAGUCUAUAUUCCCUCCCAAUGGUACCAAGUUGUCAGAGAAGCAAGCCUGAAGAAGCCAUUUCAGGUAGUGGAAAUGCAACAGGAAGACUUCCUCGAUUUCAAGGGCGCUGUGGCACAGAGAUAUGCUCUACAGAACAAAGAUCGUGACGGCAACCGCGUCCUUUUGAGAGAAAUCCACUGGCUCAAUUUUGGUUGGGGAGCAGAGAUGGAUCGCGAGGGAAGAAAAAUUAUGGUCCAUCAUCCCUAUGAAGUGUGGAUGAGGAGAUCCUUUUCAUCAGAGGAGCCCUGGAUCAAAGUACGCCUUAUUAAAAGGGAAAGCAGCGAAAAUAACAUCAUCGCAAGUCCACCGGCACAGCUUUACCACAGCCAGAUUCCCCUCAAGCCAGGCAAAUUAAAGGAUCUCAAGAAAAUUGCAUCCCAGCAUGUAAUACCCAAUUAUCGCGGAUUUUAUCUUUGUCUGAGAGGUGAAGGUGAAGAAAGUGAUGAUGACACCGAAUACUCUGGCUCUGACUGUUCUGCAUCAAAUUAGGGGGGUUUAUUAUAUGCUUAAUUUUUAGGCCCGCGCAGAGGUUUAAGGAUGGAGAAUGAUGCUCUAGAAAUACAGGAAAUCACGAAAAGUCAGAGCGCUUUGGAAUAAGUCAUGUAUUCGCUGUUGUGUUUUCAAUUCCGUCAAGGGGCCUCCACUACUAUACUGAAAGGUCACGGAAUCUCGAUUUAUUUGUUUAUUUGAUUUUUUUUAAGUCUCGGGUAAAACUUUGUCUUGGUGAACGACGCGUAAAAAGAUUGAAAUGUAAAUCUGGAAAUAGUUAAUCGUGUUAAUGUUGUUGGACGCUGUUGACAUUUCAAAACUUCAAUGAUUUUAAUUAAUAAGUUUCGGUGAUCCUGUUGAUGUAUGUUUUUAGAAAUCAAUAGCUGGUUUUCACAUGACGUCACCAAAAUUCGAACUACAAAACUAUUGACAUUCCUGAGAUGUUACUUA